GGUUGCGAGAGCCGCGGGCCAGAACAGCCACGUCGGGAGCCAGGAAUCUCUCCAGCCCACCGGGGCUGAAUCCGGUAGCGAGAAACCGAGGAGUCCGGCGUGUGCCCACGUGUCCCGCUGAGACGAGAGAAAGGAAUGGAUCCCGCUGGGUCUGUGGCUUCUCCUGAUAUCCCUGGAAACCCCGAGAGCGGAGCAGAGCCAGGGAAUGUCUCUAGCUGCAGGCUCAGGAAAUGUGCUGCAUGUACAGUCGCAGUGAGCGUUGUACUUGUCAUUCUGAUUGUUGCUGUUGUUGUUCUGGCAGUGCAGGUACUUAAAGCACAGCCCCAGUGCAUGGCCUGGUGCCCAGACGGCUGGAUCGGAUACCGAGGGAAAUGCUACUAUUUCUCCGAGGCUCAAGAGAACUGGAACAACAGCCAGAGACUCUGCUCUGCACUCAGCGCCUCCCUGGCUAUGAUUGACAGUGAGCAGGACCUGGUGAGAAGGAAAACAGACCCAUUCUGGGGGCAAUAGGCUAUUCUAGAGUUAUGCUCAAGGUCUUCUAGGCGCUCCGUGGCAUAGGCCCAGGGUGUCUAAAAGAGCCUAAGGCUCCAGGAUGAAGACCUUGGUUGACAUAUCUGCUCCCCUAGCACCAUUUAAGGGCAAAACUUCUCAGUGAGGGAGAUGCAGCUUCCUCGUUGGCUGGUCCUAGCUUGGGGAAUGGACUCUCCCAGGAACUAAGGCCCGUCCAAAACCUCACCACCUUCUGCUCCAAGAGUGAGGUGCACUUUGAGCAGUCUUCUCGAAUAUCAGCAGUGAUGAGCUGCCAAAAUCUUAGGAACC